AUGUCUCCGUACAUGACUAUUCCACAACAGUACUUAUACAUAAGCAAGAUACGUUCCAAGUUGUCUCAGUGUGCUCUUGCUCGACACCACCACAGAGAACUUGAUCUACGGAAAAUGGUCGGCCACGCCAACCUGCUGGACAAGAUCCUAGACGAAAUGGACGAGAUUGAAAGUGAGCUAGUACUCUAUGAAGGUGCCGGUAGUCGCUCUACUACCGAAGUCCAUCCCGCCUCUUCAGCGUCCAAAGACGCUUCUUCUCUCACCAACAAUAUCCAGCCCAUUAGCAUUAUGUGA